UAUUAUAACAGAUUUACUUCCAUGGUCAUAUUAUUUUCUAUUGACAUUAUUUACUACUUUUUUUGUAAAACAUAAAUAAUAGAAGAAUAUUAAUUAAUAUGAGUUUGCCGGCAGCACUUUUGCAGCGCCUAAAAAAGCGUGGACUCGUUACCAAACAAUCGGGAAGCACACCAAUAUCGGAAGCUAUAGAAGAAAUUAUAGCCGAAAACUACGACGACGAUGACAAAAGUGGCCCGUACCCAUAUAAGGAAGACAUAGCACCGGAACCAAAGCGCAGGAGCGUCGAGGAGCAGUUCUGGUCGCACCGCAUCAAGGAACGGAUCGGCGUGAAUGAAUCAUACCAUGGAUACAAACUUUGCCCCAACAAGUACAACAUCUACCACAAGUGCUCCCUGUACUGCGUCAAUAAGUUUAACAGCUCCCCGCACUCUGGACCAAGCCACAAGUAUCUGAAGCGCUACAAGAGACUGCUGCGGAAAUAUCCAAUGGAGGCGGGUUGGAAAGAUAUAUACGAUAAGGGCUGCAAAGCGUAUUACUUUUAUAAUUCGACAACACAAUGCGUUUCGUGGCUACCGCCAUCACACCCAAAAGCCCGGAUUACAAACAGUGCCGCCGUGUUUCGCCGUCAAUUGGCCAAUUCUAAUGACGAGUUCAAUUUUGACUCCAGCAGCUUGGUCCUGCCCAAAUCUUCUGGUCUAAAUGAACCCAAUGAGCCGGAGAACGCAUUCAGUUCAUCGGUUUUCAUACCCCCAAAGAAGCAAAAGUCAAGGGACUUGGAUCGAAAACUUCAACGACGACGACGUAAUGAUAACUAGCAGGAUUACUCAACUCGAAUUCUAGAAUUUUUGCAAGCCAUUAUGUCGAAAUAAAGAAAUAUGAUAGUUCUAAUUAGCAA